CUAGCAGCAGACGCGUGCGCCUGGAACGAGAGGCAGGUGACAUCUGAACCGCGACGCGUGGCCAUUCAUUCGAUCUCCACCACAGGACAACGGGCUUUGUGAGCUACAAGGGGCAACAAUAUCCGAAUCAUCUCUGCAUGGGAAUACUGUCACUACCUUUUCCCCCAAAAGUUUAAAAUUAAGCUCUCUCCUCUAUCUGUCUCUGAGGGGGCUGAUAAGACAGCGUUUGGUGAAGGGCACUCUGAAUCAAUCGUAGGAAAAGCUGUCUGCCUAACCCUCCUUUUGUGAAGACACGGCUAUAAUUCUCAACCCCCCCACCCCAAGAAGAAAGUGUCUUCAAAUAGAGAUACAGCCACAACGCAAGAAAGAUUGCACACACUUUUACCGACACUUGUAGCAAAAGCAGUCUCCUUUUGUAAAGACGCGGCUAUAAUUCAGCAUCCCCUGCCCCAAAAAAAGAAGAAAAGAAGAAGAAUUCAAACAGAGAUACAGUGACAACGCAUGAAACAGUGCCAACACUUCUAACAAAACCCCCAGGAGAUGUAUAUGGGAACAGUCUAUGGUUUUUGUUAGUUUGAAAAAUAGAUAAGUGCACUUUUUUUUCUCAUCUCGGCAGUCUGUCUUAUGAGUGUUGCGGAGCGGGGACUUCUACUUUGCAUUUAAAGGGAUUCCUUAUGGGUAGACGGGCUGUCAUUUUUCAUGCAUCUCUUUUGAUGUAUUUUUCAGUAGCUUGUGCAUAUUUACCCAGUGUUUGUACAUCAAGCUGCUGACACACUUUUCGAUCAAGACGGAAAACCUCCAAGGGGCUUGUUGGGAUCCAUGGAGGUUAAGUGCUUGCUGCUUAAAAAAGCAUGUUACACUUUAGGUUUUUAAGUAAUUUGUCCAACCCCAAGUCAAGGAGAGGGUAAAGUCUAGCUGUAGAAAAGGAGAGAAAUAGAGAAAAAAAAUAGAGAAAGCAAGACAGAGAAAAAGAGAGACUUAAAAAAACAUCCUAGUCUUAAGCCUUUUAAGUCAUUUGUCCAACCACAGGCAGAAGAAAUUCUAAGAGGAGAAAAGGGAACAGGGAAAUAGAAAAACGGAGAAAGAGAGCAACAGAGAGAGAGAGCGAGCGCGAGAGAGAGAGACAGAGAGAAAGAGAGAGCAAUAGGAGUGGCUUCUGUUGCCAAGGACAACGGUAUCAACACGUCGCGUGGUCACAACACAGACCCACCCACACAGACACACGCUCUCUCCCUCACACGCUGAAAGGGGCACGACGGUGUGAGGACUGAGGAGCGCUCCCCAUUUUCUAGCACUGGCAGCCGGGCACACAAAUUGCCCCGACUCCCCAUCAACCCAGCGGGCAGAUUCCAGACAGAUGGGAGUGCGUCCCUCCACCACCACCACCACCACCACCACCAUCUCAGUCACCACCACUACCACCAGAAGCUCUUCUUUCUUCCCUCCUCCUCCUCCUCUUCCUCCUCCUCUUCCUCUUCCUUUUUCUCCUCCCGGGCUGGAGAAGUGAUCCCACAGCGCAGCGUCUUUUCCGCUGAGGACCCGGAGCCAGGGCCGUGUGGGACGUAAAGGGAAGCGUUUGGGAAGCGCUCGGGAAGCGAGGACACGACUGAACGGAUUACUGCUCAUCCUUCACUCGCUCUCUCUCUCUCUCACACACUCGCUCUCUCUCCAGUCUCCCGGCAGCAAAGAGCGGAGUGGAGAGGCACACGCCAGAGGGGACAAAAGGAGGAGAUCCAGUCAAGCACUAGUGCCACAGCAAUCACACUCUCCUCCCUUACUCUUUCGCUUUCCUGUAUUGUGGUUCUGGGACUUUUUCCACCCCUUUUCUCCUUUCUUUCUUUUCUUUUCCAGUUCUUUUUUCAUUGACUGCUCUCUCUUUCUCUCUUUCUCUCUCUCUCGCUCUCUCUCUCUCUCUCUCUCCCUCUCUCUUUUGACAUCAGUGUCUGGAGGAAGAGUAAGGACUUGGCAAAGCUCCCCGUGCCUGCCUGCCUGCCUGCCUGCCUUUUUAAAAAUAAAUAAAUGGCCCCUGAGGUGGGUACAAGAGAAGUGCUUUAGGCAGAGUGAAAGAGAGUGAGAGGAAGAGAGACAGACGUUUUGAGUGCCAAAAAAGUCAUGGGGAAGUCCAACAGCAAACUGAAGCCCGAAGUGGUUGAGGAGCUGACCAGGAAAACCUACUUCACAGAAAAAGAAGUACAACAGUGGUAUAAGGGCUUUAUCAAGGACUGUCCAAGUGGCCAGCUGGACUCGGCAGGCUUUCAGAAGAUCUACAAGCAGUUCUUUCCAUUCGGAGACCCCACCAAGUUCGCCUCCUUCGUCUUCAACGUGUUUGACGAGAAUAAGGAUGGCCGCAUCGAGUUCUCAGAAUUCAUCCAGGCCCUGUCGGUCACCUCCAGAGGGACACUGGAUGAAAAGCUACGAUGGGCUUUUAAACUUUACGAUCUCGACAACGACGGCUACAUUACUCGAGAUGAGAUGCUGAACAUUGUGGAUGCCAUUUACCAGAUGGUGGGCAACACAGUGGAGCUACCUGAGGAGGAGAACACUCCAGAGAAGAGAGUGGACCGUAUCUUUGCCAUGAUGGAUAAGAAUGCGGACGGAAUGCUGACUCUGCAGGAGUUCCAGGAGGGUUCCAAGGCUGACCCGUCCAUCGUCCAGGCCCUGUCCCUGUACGACGGCCUGGUCUAGAGGUGGUCAUUGAUGUCUGCUGCGUCUCUGUCGUGUCAUCUCCGAGACAGAUGCCAUCUCUCCCUGUGCCAGCUCCGGUUGGGACAUGGAGUUAUUGUGCUGCAUUGCAAACGCUCCCUCACAAGAUGCUUCAAUAUCUCAUUUUCCUGUUAUGUCGAAAACAACACACAAAUUGGACAACGUUCCCAGCUGUGCUGUGCCGUUACCGCAUCACUUUUCAUGACAUGAAACAGGACUUUCAGGAGACUUAACUGUCAACAGAAAAAGAUGCUAAGGACACGUUCACGACAGCCCUGAACUUGAGAGUUGAUGUUCACCUGAUUUUCGUGCAGAUGUAGACUGAACAAAGGAGCAUUGAUUCCAUGAUAUCAAGGACUAUGUGCACGUUUUCAGCUAUACAGUAAGGUGAAUCCAUCUUUGAUGAGUAUGUAAAAAAAAUGUGCAGCCUCAUCGCACAGAUGUAUUUAAUAGGCUACUGACUUGAGUAUUUUUUGAGAUGUACUGAGGGUUGAAAUAAAACACUGAAUACAAUAGUUUUAAUUCAUACAUACUAUAUACUGGAUUGUACAGUUAAAUGUCAUCGUACUGUAAGGACUACUGCGCCAAUGGAGAGGUCUUAUGGUGUGUACACAACCAUAUGUUUGUUAUGAAUUUCACAUAGUUGUUGUGGCUUCUUCUGUUCCUCCUGAAUGCUGUGAUGAAGACACUGAAUUUGUUUGGAAUUCUUCAGUGCACUGUUCCAACAAAAAAAAUGUUUGCUGUAAAAAAGUAUUAUUUUUCUAUUUAAAGCAGGCCUGACAUUGUGAAAAAGAAAGCCUUUGUGUGUGUUUUACCCAACGCAGUGUUUUGACCAGUAAUAUAGAUCCUUGUCAUAUGCACAUUUUAAUUCACAAAUGAGCCAAGUAAAUAUCUAAGUUUUGCCUUUGUCAUGAAUGCCAUCUGAGAAUCCCAUAAGAACUGUUCAGUAAUGUGCUGGACCCCUUUUUUUCUUCUUCUUUACCAUCAAGCAGCCAAGAAUCAAGUUAUUUAACAUGCACUAAAUUAAACAUGAUGUAUAUAUACACCACAUAUUAAAAGAAAUAUGAUACAUAACA